UGUUCUUGUGUAUAUUAGAGCUCUGUGAGCUUUCAGUAAAUAUUAAGUAGCAGCAGGACCUCCCUCAUGCCUCAUAGUCUUGAGCUGAGGCCAGGAAGACAGUUUUAUGCAAUCUUUAGCCCAUCUGCUCCUUGGAAACCCCAGAAAAAACUGUGCAGUUUAGGGUGACUCUGUCUUCCUGCAUAAGCAGAGGUAAAUGGAAGGAAAUGGGGAGAUAAUAGUUCAACCCCUUCAGGGUCUACAGAUAUGAAAUCUAAAAAUAGUGUAUAGCCUACCACCAGAUGCCAGAAUGACUGAGUAGAACAGGCACCAAGAGCACUGUAGGAGGCACUGGAUUCCUAAAGGAACAGCCAGUCAGUGGAGAACAACUGGACCAUCUGGGGCUUGGAUUUUCUCAAAAGAUCAGCAAAGGUUCUGGGAGGUCAAUAGUCCAGCACAGUCCCACUGGGAUAAAAUCAAGGUAUCAUCAAAGCUGCAUUUCUUUCCAAAGGUUCUAGGGAACCAUGGGGGUGUUGAUGUCCAAGCGACAGACAGUAGAACAGGUACAGAAAGUGAGCCUGGCUGUGUCUGCCUUCAAGGAUGGGCUGCGGGACAGGCCUUCCCUCCGACGCACGGGUGAGCUACCAGGGUCUCGUCGUGGCACUGUAGAGGGCUCUGUACAGGAGGUGCUGGAAGAUAAAGAAGCAGAGGCAGGCACCCCAGUGGUCCAGGAAGAGAGCAGUGUCAACCGUGCAGCCUGGGAACGGCUACGAGAUGGACGUGGAGUGGAGCCUGAGGAGUUUGACAGGACCAGUCGAUUCACACCCCCUGCCUUCAUCCGCCCCACUCGGAAGCUGGAUGAUGACAAGCCUCCAGAUAUCUGCUUGGAGCCCAGAGAGCCUAUUGUCAACGAUGAGAUGUGUGAUAUCUGUGAGGUCUGGACAGCUGAGAGCCUCUUCCCGUGCCGGGUCUGCACCAGGGUUUUCCAUGAUGGCUGCCUGCGCCGUAUGGGCUACAUCCAAGGAGACAGUGCAGCAGAAGUGACUGAGAUGGCCCACACAGAAACAGGCUGGAGCUGCCACUACUGUGACAAUCUCAACUUGCUGCUUACUGAGGAAGAAAUGUAUAGCCUAACAGAGACCUUUCAGCAGUGUAAAGUCAUCCCUGAUUGCUCCCUGACGCUGGAGGACUUUCUUCGCUACCGCCACCAAGCAGCGAAGCGGGGGGACAGUGACAGGGCACUGAGUGACGAGCAAGAGGAGCAGGCAGCCCGCCAGUUUGCAGCCAUGGACCCUGAACAUCGAGGCCACAUAGAGUGGCCUGACUUCUUGUCCCAUGAAUCCCUACUACUCCUGCAGCAAUUGCGUCCCCAGAAUUCACUGUUGAGGCUUCUGACAGUCAAGGAGCGGGAACGAGCCCGAGCCACCUUCCUGGCACGGGGCAGCGGGAACACCAUCAGUGAGGCAGAGUGCCGCUGGGCCCAGCACUCUUGGUUCUGCAAACGCCUCAUAGAGGCUCCUUCUUGUGGUGUGAGCAGUAUCAGCCACGUGGGUCCCCUAGCAGACAGCAGCCCCGCCAGCAGCAGUGGCAAAAGUCAGGAUAAGCCCCUACUACCUGCAGAGCACGAGUCCAGAUCUGUGGACUGGCCCACCUUCCUGCGAGAGAAUGCUGUCUACAUCUUGGCUGCUCGCCCUAAUAGUGCAGCCAUUCACCUGAAACCCCCAGGAUAGCAUGGCACAGAGAAGUUUCGGUUCAGGAGCAUUGGCAUCUUCUCCCUUCUUCCCUUUUCCUCUUCCUUCCACCAAAUUCUGGCUCUGAGACUCAUGGGGAUUGGGCACUGCCAGCAUCUUAAUUUGUCAUUAAGCUUUAUGGCACUGAAAUCACCAUUCCCCUCACAACAGAGGCAGUUAGUACAUUGCCACAGGGAAAAUCCUUGAGAAUUGUGGCAGCAUCCACUCCUGGAUCAUCCCCUGUCCUCACAUCAUAGACUGGACUUGCCACCAUAUGCAUACAAGUGUGCACAUGCACAUAUAGUCACACACAUGGAUAUCAGUCAAGCUGGUUCUUUUUAUUUGAAAAAGGAUCAGAGUCCUUUUGUGAAACCCCUGGUGUGGAUGAAAGGUGUCUACUCAUCUAUUGUCCAGUUCUGAUUUCCAAUAGGCAAAACUAUGGCCAAGUUAUUAUUAACAAAGGAGCAUAUCAGAUUCACAUUCCCUCCUGAGGAUACUGAGAGGCCCUCUCUGCCCACAUUGAAAACCCCUUCUGUGGUGAGCCGAUGUUACUAGUAGGUAUCUGUUAUGUCCCUGAGUAUGGUGAAGAUGGAAAAAAUUGUUCAAAACUACCACUUCAGUUUAACCCAUUAUUUAUUUAGAUUCUAAUUCUUUGAGACAGAUAAGGUAACUGCUUGUGAGAUCCUGGCUGUAAAAGAGGGAGACAGCCUCUCCUGGAGACCAGAAUUCUAGGAAUCUCACAGCCAGGUCAUCCAAAUCCAAAAAAAGUCUUUAUCAGAAUGGUAAAAACCCAAUGUGAGCCUUCCUGGCCCCCAUUUUUCAGAUUGUUAGCACAUGGCCUAAAACCCAAGGAACCUGAAUGGAACAAAUAUGCUGGCAGGAAUCAACCCUCUGUGUUAAAUGCCACACCCAAGUCAGCUACCACAGAGACCAAUGAAGACAAGGUCUGCAGGGAAGAGGAAAGGAGAGGGCUCAUUCUUUUCCAUUGUUCCAGCUCAACCAUAGCCCUAGAAAAGUGUGCCUUUGUGUGGAGAACAGAGCCAGCCUCUUUCCCAGCUGAAGAGAGAGCAAUGCUACAGUAGUCCUGAGCAGGGUCUUCUUUCAGCCAUCCUGACAAUGAGGUUAGGGGAAAACUAGGGCCUGUGAAGAUUUGCGUCUCAGCUCUCUCCAGCAGAGAAUGUCCCAGUAGAACUUCACAGAAGGAAGAAGUUUCUCCUUUUCCCCAUCACUGAGAUGUGGCUUCAGUUGCUGCUUCUCCCCACUGCUCUCUACAGUCAUUCUCUCCAUACUGGGGCCUGGGCAUGGGAGGACUCUGAGAGAUAAGCAGAACCUACCAAAAGGGCACCAAGUUUGGCCUGCAAGCCUCAGCCCUUCUUCCCAAGUUCUCAAGUCAGUGUGUGGUGUGGGUCAGCCUUGGCCUGGGGUCUAGGUUCUAGAUUUCUGUUGUCAACUGAAUUACUUAGCCAGAUCUGACUACCAAGAGUUAUUCUAGAGGGAAUUGAGUUUAAUCAUGCAAAAGCUCCAUGGCACUUGUACUAAAUUGGGUGCUUACAGAAGAAGGAAUACCACUUGGUGUGGAGAUACUCAGAGGAAAGCAGGAAGCUGCCACCAGGGGCUUGGUAAGAGCCCUGUGUAGUUUCCUUCUGUAGGAAUGGCUUGAGCUAGACGCAGGGUGAAAAGCUGCUGGGGAUGGAUUCUUUAGGACUGAAAUGAACAGGAGAAUAAUGUAUAUAUAUGGCCCUGAACAUUUUGAAACUCACAGCCCUGUAAAUACUCAUCAACCAUACUCCCUGGACUGAUCCAGUCAGAGGGGCCAUUAUUCAGUCUUAUUUUUUAAAAAGGAAAGCAAACACAUGACUCCUGGACCCAAGAACUGUAUCCAAAGCUGCCAGACUUGGUAAUUUUCACUGAGAAGAUUAAAGCACGUUAAACACAAGGGCUCUUACUUUCCUGGCAAGUCAUCCUCUAUACUAGUGGCCCUGGGCUGCUGGGUCUCACAGACAAGACAUUUUGAGUAGAGACAAGCUCUGGGCUUUGAGAGCUGGACAUUUUUUUUUUCUCCUGACUCCUUAUCUGAUAUAGAGACUAAAAGUCCAACUUCUUGCUUCUUGAUCCUUCAGAGAUGAAGGUGAUGCUCAUUGCUCUGGAGCUGCUGCUUCUACCUCUCCAUGAGUGAGUGGUGAGAGACUGUGGGCCGGACCAGGCUGCUCUGUCUCAGGGCCUACAUAGCAUGCCCCAGAGUUCUUGUAAAAUGGGAAAAAGCUGAUUUAAAAUCACCCCUCUCCCUGUCUGAAGUCAGGAAGCUUCUUGGUGAAGAGCCUGCUACAGAGGGCCUAGGGAACACUGCCCCCAGCAAAGAAUAGAGUUUCAAAUCCACAACAGUUCUGGGAAGCAGAAAAAUCACACAAGGGAGGCUGGUCUCUUCUGUGUAAACAUCUAGCUUUGUACCAGAGGAAGGGUCCAUUGUUCUUCAGUCCAGAGUUGCAGAAACUCCAUCCCAAUCCCCCUGUCCAGAAUUUCCCUUUGGAGUGUCCUAAUCCCUAGAGACCCUCUGUAAGGCCCAUUCCCUCUUCAAGAUUUCCAUCACUGUGAUUGUCUGAAAUUCUGCCAAGUAUAAAAAAUAGUGUCUGGCUCUAAUAAGGGAAUGAGAAAAUGUUUCAGCCUUUUCUUCUUGGCUGCUGAAAAUUGAGACCAGUGCUUUCCCCAAGCACCACCCACCCAGACACCAGCCAUGGGAGGCAUGAGUUACACAUAUGCUCCCCUGAAGACCACUUAACCUAAGCCUGUUUUUCACACAGCUGUCCUCUACACUUUUAUUCAAAUAAAAGGGCAUCUGGAUGAUACUGAGGGUCACUGAGGAAGUGACUGUCCAGGUCUGCUGUUUUGCCUUCCCCAGUGGAACAUUUGAGCAGUGGCCCCUAUGGUAUCCCAGGGAUGGAGCAGUUUCCUCACUCCUAGAUAUUGAUCCAACUCUCAAGUGCUCUUUCUUUGAGGACAACUGCAGCAGAAGCCACGAAUACAUUGCCUCUUUCUACCCUCAGCCCAAGCAAUAGGCUAGCAGGGCAGACACCCACCUUUCUGGCCCUGGUGCUCCCUAUGGGAUGUCACCCCAGGUUUGCUUAAAUGGCUGAAUCUUAGGGCUCCCAAAUUCCUCUCAUCAAUAUGGAAAGCACAGAAUCAAACUGCCUGGGAAGAGGGUACCUCACUGGGAAGUAAGCUCCAGGGUUGUACCCAGGCCUCUUAGCCCAAAGCACAACUUCAACUAUUGCAGGCAUCACACCUUUGGAAAGAGUGGUGCCAGGAAGCCCUAACACCAAAAGAGAGGCUCAGAAGAAUCUG